AUGCAAGGUGACAAAAAGAAAGUUGGAUAGAUGACUUACUAAGAAUAAAUUAGAUACAACUAUAUUUUGAACGAAAUGGAUUACAGAGAUAAUAAAGUUUCAGAUCCUAAAUAAGAAAAAAGAGAAGAUGAAUUAAGAUAAUACAUGGAUUACAUUACAGACAUAAUUAUCGCUAAGAGAGAAGUAAGAAAGAGAUAUGAAUCUUUUGUUUGCAGGCCUAAGGAUCGGCACCUCUCCAAGAUUUAAGAAGAGCCUUUGACUUAAGAGCAAAUAUCAGAUUCUAACACCAAACCAAAAAAUAAAUUUGAAAAUACUAAUCAGAAGUAGCUGAACUAAUUCGCUAACUUCAGUCUAUUCAGAGAUAACAAGUCUUCGACUCUCAAUUUAACUCAAACCCCUUAUUAAAACAAAACCUUGGGAGCAACAUAAAAGUCAUGGCUGGCAGGCUAUCAAGAUUUUGAAACAAGCAAUAUUGGUAAUCAAAACUUGAAGAAAUAAAAUAAAAGCUAAAUGUUCAAUUUCAAUGAGAGAUCAUAUAUGUAGGUUGAGCCUGAAAUAUGGAAAAAUGAUCAUAAAACUCAGAUUGUUCAAAAAAUAAAUUGCAUAGACAAGAUUAAGAUUGACGGUGAUAUCAAACGAAGUUCUGUUAAUUAAUUCUUCGAUAGAAAAGAUAGUUAAGGUGUGUAGAAUACUUAAAGUUCUGAGAUGACUUUUACUUUUGAUGAUGAUUCCAGCUCUAAUUUUGACAAAGCUCUCGAUGAAUUUGCUGCCACUUUUAAUGAUAAUAUGCAUUUAUGA